AUGACGUCAUUUUUGUACGUGAGCACAGAAAUAUUUACAGACAGUCUCUCUGAUUCACUAAGUCAAGAUCAAAAAGAGGGCCCCACCACUACUAUAUCUAGCACUAUAAACCUCAAUCAGCACAACAUACUAGGCACAGAUACAGAAGAUGAUGCAGAAAUUGUUUCCUACAUAUCUAGUGAUAUUCAAAUGAACGAUAGUAGUGACCCUCGUUCGAAUCUAGAGGCUAGGGCCUAUAUCUCUCUAGAUGAUGAUCAAGUACCUUCUAGUUGCUAUGAAACACCAAUCGAUGCCAACUGCAGUCUGGUGAUGUCUGGUGGAAACAAAUUGGCAGAACUGCCUGAUCUGAAUAGUAUAUUGAUGUCUAACAGCAAAUUACAUCUAACUUCCACUGAGCAAUUUUCAGAAGCCACAAACAUGCAGCAGCAGGGUGCCGGAUCGGUCAAUAUUUCCUCUACGAAUCAAAAGUGUGAAACUAAUUCAGCUAACCCUCUCCAGCAGUUGACUUCCAAUCCCGACGAUCCGAGCAAAAAUUUCAAGUCUGAUGAAGUCAACCAACAUGAAGUUACGGGCCUGAAAAGUAGAGAAUUUUCAGCUGAAAGUGAUUUAAAGUCAAAUAAGUCGAGAUCGACAGCUGGAACUGGUAAUAACUUUGAAAACAUUCGUGGUGUGUCUCCUGUUAAAAAAUCCAGCUCGGGAGUUUUCGCACUUGGAUCUCCCGCCUACGCUAGUCCUCUGGCAAAUAAUACGCUGUUGAGAGAUGAUGCCACCCCACCAAAGAGUAAAGAACGCGACGAAAAAGUUCGCCUGGCCCGAGAGAGAAAGCUAGAAGAGCAGCGAAAGAAACAGCAGGAAAUGGAGGAGGCCAUGCAGAAGGCCGAGGAGGUUCGCAGGAAACAGGAAGAGGAUCGAAGGAAAAAGAUCGAGGAAGCGAGGAAGAAAGAGGAGGAGCACCGAGCGAUUGUGGAAGAGAGGAGGAGGAAACUUUUGGAUGAAGAUCUGAAAGACAAAGACUUUGGUACUUUUUUAUGUUGUCCGGAAGAUGACGGCGACGAUAUCGACGAUUAA